CAAAGUGAUGUAGACGUAAAUUACACAAAUGAAAAUGGACUUUCUGCGCUUGAUAAGGCUGUUAUUUGCAAAGAUGUUGCCAUAUGUAAGGCUCUGAUUAACAGAGGAUGUAAACUUGAUGAAAAAAGUGGAAAAUUCAAGCGCACACCUCUGCACAAGGCAGUCGAUUUGGGAUGUUUCGAUAUUGUGAAAUUGCUGUUGGAUGCCGGCUCCUCAGUGGAUACCACAGAUUAUCGCGGAGAAUACCCUAUACAUUCCGCAGCUAUUAGAGGUCAUACAGAAAUCGUCCGAACUUUGCUUGAAAAGGAUAGAACUCUGGCAGUUAAGCCAUUUAGUUUCCGCGGUAAAGUUUAUUACAAACAAUUGACACUUUUCCAUUACGCUGUAUUGAAGGAAGACGAAAUAUUGCUUAAUCUUCUCAAAGAAUUCAAAAUAGAUUCAAAUAUCCAGGAUGGUUAUGGUAGAACGCCUUUAUACCUAGCGACUUACUAUAACAAACCAAAAUAUGUUGAACAUAUUAUAGAUAAAGCAGAUGUGAAAAUAGCCGAUAGGCAUGGAUCCACGCCAUUGCAUGCAGCCGCUUUUAAAAUGAUUCCGGAACUUCUUAAAUUAUUGUGCAGGUUCUAUACAGACAUUCGGAUGGUCGACCGAAACGGAAACACAGUGUUUCACGUGUUGAAGAAUUCGAGCGAAAAUGCAAGAAGCAUCAAAGGAAAUGCAAGUUUUGACAUUUGUAAAAACCUUUCAAAAUGCGUGAAGAUACUUUUAGAAAAGGACGCAGAAUUUGAAUACACACUCAGACGAAUAAAAAACAAAAAGGGAAUAAUUGUCUCUGUGGAAUGUGAGAAUGAUGUAUAUUCCCUUACAUAUUACUGAGGAAAUCUCUCUUUUUUUUUGGAUACUAGUACAUUUGGCAAUAUAGGACGUUUCUUAAAAUUGAAAAAGUGGAAAACAACAGGUCCCCCUGAAAAUGUUGCAGGCUCGUUUUCGUUGAGCCUGUUUGUGGUUGCAAAAGGAAACGCGAACUACCGUUCUCGCCCUCUAGCCCCGGUUACAUGUUACAAAUACAAAAUAUAAUUUAGAGACAUCCUCAGCUGUAUUUAUACGGGGGUGUACAUUGAAUCUUCAUUGAUACACUGAGUACAACUCAAUGAAAUGAUUCCGGAUGAAAAUAAUGGAUUUGCCCUUAACGGGACAACAGUUGACAGAACUUAUCAAAACUGGAAUGUAGAGAGGGAAUCUGAGGUUACGGAACCUGCAUACCACACAAACUGCGAAAAAAAAAUUUAAAAAGCAGGCACCAUGUCCAAGGGGUGAUUAAACGAUUAACACAGCUCAUAAAAGUGGGAGUAUUGGAACAACUCAAGCUGAAAAAUAUAAACAGUACAUUAACACAUUAUAGUCGUGUCGAACGAUCUGAAGAGAUCAAAAUAUAACAGAUUUGACUGAAGCUCUUAAGACACAGUCCAUAGUUUAACGAAGACAUUGAUAUGUUUUCUCACCAACGAGCUAUAGAGUAAAGGUCUACCGAGUAGAAUUUCUGUGUAAGAUUAUAAGGAUCUUACAUGCCUGCCUGUGUAAAAGAAGCUUGUGUAUAUCUCAACGAGCAUUUUUUGUGCUUUAAAUAGUUUGCCUUCUGUUGCCAUAACGUGCGUUAGGAAUUCACCUGGCGGGUCCCCUAAAAGGAGCCAAGUGCCGGGCCAAGAGCAUUAAACGUGUUGAGGUUCUUAUAUCGGUACUUAAAAGGAACCAAACGACUCCAAUUGAAAAUUUUAGGAAAGUACCUUAUGAUGAUGUUACAGACCAAGUUUAAUGAAGAUCCAUUAUAGGAUCCAUGAGAACAUAUCGUUCGAUUUUUUAGCCCUAGCAACCCUUUAAAGGUGCCAAAUGCCCCCCAAUUGAGCAAAGUUGGUAGGGGACCUUUUAAUGGUGCUACUAAUCAAGUUCGAUGAAGAUCUCUUAAGCGGUCCACGAGAAGAAAUCGUUUGAUUAUAUUUCUAUUUUUAGCUCAGAUGAUCCCUUAAAGGAGCCAAUCACCCCAAAGAAAAGAAGUAUUGAGAGGACCAUAUAAUAAUGCUACAUACCAAGUUUGCAGAAGAUCCAUCAAGUUGUUCAUGAGAAGUCGAUUAAACCAAACCCCAACCAUUGCUAUAAAAAGUAGUGGGAUGAGCCAAUUUCAAAUGGUGACUGGUUUUUUGCAACAAUUUUCUUCAGAGAGAGUUGUUUUCAGGAAUGUAUCAGAAAUAUGUUUUAUUUAUAUUUCUAGAAAAUAUGCAGUGGUGGGGAUCUGUUUUCUUUUCACAAAAAUUAAUUCCUUCCACAAAUAACACAUUUAGUUAGUAAGAUACCGCAGUUACAAAAUUGAAAUACUUAUUUUUUAUCAAGGUAUGUUUUGAAAAUUAAAUCUGAAACGAUAUUUGAUCCAAGUCAUGUGAUGUACACAAAUGCAUGAUGUAUAUAACCCGCGUGUGUAUGGAAAUUUGUUCCUAGCUGAGCACAAGAAUAAUGAAUAGUUUACAUUGAAACAAAUGUAUGUUUACUUUGAUUAUGGUUAGUUUGAAUCAUGUUCAUCUACAUGUUUCAUUAUUGUGCUUCUUUGAUUUUGAUAUUAUGAUAAUUCAGUUAAUAAUUCCACUAGUCUGAGUACUAGUUACAUCAUGGUUAUAAUUCCUAAUAAUAUGUUAUGCAUUUGUAAUAAUUCUAUGAUUGAUGAAUAUUUAUUUCUGUUGUACAAGUCACUCUUUAUAUAAUUUAUGUAAUUUUUAUGAUAUAUUUAUAUUAUAUAAUACAGGAGUUUAGUUUGUUUUGUCACAUUGUGUAAAAUUGGUCCUAUUUAUGGGUACAUCAAGUUCUAUUUAUGGCCCAUGUAUGGCUGAACUGGAAGGUUGGGGUACAAGCCCACAUGCUUGCAUAAUCUCCCAUGAUAUUCUCACAUCGGCAACUGUUUUGUUUCUGUUUAGUGCCUUUUGCUUCUACUGAAUAUACCGUGGAAAGUACCAAGCCAUUGCGUUGUCCAAUAUAUUUAGUAAAUUUUAUUCGUUACCCACUAUUUCUUUCAUGUGGAUUUGUGCCAUCACCAAGGCAAGAUUGUCGACAUAAGGUUCACUUUUAUUUGAAUCAUCAAACUCGUUUUUCUCAACAUCCUGUGACCACUCUGAUUUGACUUACGAAUUUUCAAAAUCCCACUCAUUAUAUAAGAAAUAGUGUAUCCAACUUCAGCCACUUUGUUUAAAAUCUCACACAAAUAUUUUGUCGAGGAAAUUUCACAAUGCCACCAUAUCUGGAACAGAUGAUUCUAUUAAAUCUGUGUAUAGUUUCUGUUUGUUUAUAUACAAUAUUAUUGUUAUUUAACAUUGUUCUGUACAAUACGGAGAUAUAUUUGGACGAGUACCCAGCUGAGAAAACCAUAUUGGGCGUGCCGCUAGGCGGGUCCAAAAUGGUUUUCUCAGCUGGAUACGAGUCCAAAUAUAUCUCGUAUUGUACAGUAAAAUAUUUAACAACCUUUUUAGCUCACCUGUCACGAAGAGACAAGGUGAGCUAUUGUGACCGCUUGAUGUCCGUCGUGCGUCGUCCGUCAUGCGUAGUACGUCGUCCGUCAACAAUUUCUAAAAAAACCUUCUUCUUGAAAACCACUAGGUAGAAUUACACGAAACUUCACAGGAAUGAUCCUUGGGUGGUCCCCUUUCAAAAUUAUUCAAAGAAUUGAAUUCCAUGCAGAACUCUGGUUGCCAUGGCAACCGAAAGGAAAAACUUUAAAAAUCUUCUUGUCCAAAACCACAGGGUCUAGGGCUUUGAUGUCUGGUGUGUAGCAUCAUCUAGUGAUCCUCUACCAAAAUUGUUCAAAUUAUCUCCCUAGGGUCAAAUAUGGCCCCGCCCCGGGGGUCACAUGGUUUAUAUAGACUUAUAUAGGGAAAACUUUGAGAAUCUUCUUGUACACAACCACAUGGCCUAGGGCUUUGAUAUUUGGUAUUUAGCAUCAUCUAGUAAUCCUCCACCAAGAUUUUUCAAAUUAUCCCCCCAGGGUCAAGUAUGGCCCCGCCCCGUGGGUCCCAAGUUUUACAUAGACUUAUAUAGGAAAAAAAGUUUAAAAAUCUUCUUGUCUGAAACCACAACACUUAGACCUUUGAUAUUUGGUUUGUAGCAUUGUCGUAUGGUCCUCAACCAAAAUUGUUCAAAUUGUACCCCUUGGGUGAAAAGAGGCCCUGCCCUGGGGGCCCCAAGUUUUAUAUAGACUUAUAUAGGAAAAAGCUCUAAAAAUCUUCUUGUCUGAAACCAUACGACCCAGGCUUUUGAUAUUUGGUAUGAUGCAUUGUCUAGUAAUCCUCUACCAAAAAUGUUCAAAUUAUGCCCCUGGGGUUAAAAGAGACCCCACCCUGGGACACUUAGUUAUUAUGUGAGUUAUAUAGGAAAAUACUUAAAAAAUCAUCUGAUCCUAUUUCCAAGACUGUUUAAUUAUAAUUACCUGAUGACCCCAAGUGAUAUGAUGUCACUUGACUGUGACCUUGACCUGCUGACUUUCUUGUUUUUUAAGAUACAGCCUUGAAAUUUUGAUGACAUACACAGUUUUGCACACAAAUCGUAAAACUGAAUAUCAUUGACCAUGAAUGUGACCUACUGACUUUCUUAAUAUUUUAUCAUCAGUUUGACAUUUGAAGCAUAUAGCUCAUAUUACUCAGGUGAGGGAUCCAGGGUCAUCAUGACCCUCUUGUUAUUUUAUAUCUAUUUAUAUUUUAGUUUAAAUUAAAAAUGAUUCACUGAAUAUUUAACAAAACAUACAAUUGUACCUUUUCUGAUUUCAAGACGCAUAAUCAGACUCUGUACAUAGAGCGCCUACUUCACCCGAUUUACAUUCGGAACAUUUUCACGCGUUUCGCGCUUUAUCAUAUGUUUAACAUGUGACUGUUGAACCGUCCAAAUACGGGAAAAAAUACAGUUUUUUUUUUGUACGCACGUGCGUAAAAUACGGUAAUAUAAUGUACGGACAUGUGUUGCACAUAAACGUUCA